CGACACCCCUCUGCUUUUUACUCCUGCCUCCUUUUCGUGGUGUUCUCCCCCCCUUCUUUUUUUUUUUUUUUUUUUUUUUUUUUUCCCCCCCUUCUUUUCGUUACUACUCCAGGCCCGUUGCCAAACAGGGCGAUCCAGGACUGUCCUCUUUGCCUGGAGAGCAUAAAUACCACUGGGGAGCUCUGUGAGACUGCAGUUGGGACGAGCUGCUGAGCUGAGACCUUGCACAUCUCGCACCUCCUCAGGCUUAUUUCAUCCUUUUUCCCCUCCUCCUAGUUUAAAUAUUUCAGAUAUAUAAUUUAUUUUCCACAAGCAGGCUUGGAGGAGCUGCAAUUUCCUGGGGACUUGGAAGUACUCAGCGAGGUGUGCCUGGAGCUGGGGACAAGGCGUGUGUGUUUGACUUGCUCUGCAGAGCAGGGAAUAAUGAGAAGCCGUUACCUAACCUGAGCAAAUUACGUUCCCGCAUUGUUCUACAGAGGCAAAGGCUUAAUGCUCUGCCUGGAGAGAGACUGAGGGCAGCUGGUUUUCAUCUGCCUUAACACAGUACAAACCCACAGUGAGCCACGGGAGUCCCUGCGAGAAAACCUACCGUCGUCUUCGUCUCCGCAUCUGCUGGCUGUAGAGGAGGAGGCAUGAAUCCUGCCCUGCCUUGGAUCCUUCCUCUUGGAUGUGUACUGCUCCUGACAAAGGCAGCCGAAUGCUUUAUCUUGCACAACUCGAGUCACCUGGAAAGCAUUCUGAGUAAAUACCAGGAUGGGGAAACUCACUCCAGAUCCAAGAGAGCCAUUUUAUUCUCAGACAGACAGGAGAUAUUGAUGCUCCACAAUAAAUUGAGAGGUCAAGUGUACCCAGCGGCCUCUAAUAUGGAAUACAUGACCUGGGAUGACGAGCUGGAAAGAUCAGCCCACGCUUGGGCUCAGCAGUGCAUCUGGGACCAUGGACCUAGUGCCCUCAUCAGGUCAAUUGGACAGAACUUGGCGGUUCACUGGGGCAGGUAUCGGUCUCCGGCUUUCCACGUCCAGUCUUGGUAUGACGAAGUUAAAGAUUACACAUACCCGUAUCCCCACGAGUGCAACCCGUGGUGCCCCGAGAAAUGCACUGGCUCGAUGUGCACGCAUUACACCCAGAUAGUCUGGGCCACGACGAACAAGAUCGGCUGUGCCGUGAACGUCUGCGAGCAGAUGAACGUCUGGGGCGAAAUCUGGGAGAACGCCGUCUACCUGGUCUGCAACUACUCGCCGAAGGGUAACUGGAUCGGAGAAGCCCCGUAUAAGACCGGCCGCCCCUGCUCCGAAUGCCCGCCGAGCUACGGAGGAGGCUGCCAGAACAACCUCUGCUACAAAGAUUACCGUUACGAAGAUCCCGUCAUCACUGAGACGGAUGAGACUAACGAAGUGGAGAUUUCGCAGGUGGCGGAGCAAAAGCCGGUGCGGUUCCAUCCUCCGGAAAGCAAACCCAGCAAACCCAAGAAAAUCAUCCCAGACUCCUACAUGACACAAGUCAUUACCUGUGAAACCAAGAUGAGAGACAAAUGCAGAGGCUCAACAUGCAACAGGUAUUUGUGCCCAGCUGGCUGCUUGUACAGUAAGGGAAAGAUCUUUGGAACAUUUUAUUAUGAGAGUUCAUCAAGCAUAUGUCGUGCUGCAAUUCAUUACGGCAUCCUGGACAAUAAAGGAGGACUGGUUGAUAUCACGAGGAAGGGGAGGACCCCGGCUUUUGUGAAGUCUACCAGGAACGGCGUGGAGUCUUUUAGGAAGAGUAAGCCUUCAAAUGCAUUCAUGGUUUCCAAAGUCACAACACAGACGCUGGAUUGCUAUACUACAGUAGCUGAGCUGUGCCAGUUCAAAAAACCGGCGACCCAUUGCCCAAGGAUUUAUUGUCCAGCCCACUGUAAAGACGAGCCAUCGUACUGGGCGCCGGUGUUCGGCACAAAUGUUUAUGCAGAUAGCUCCAGUAUCUGCAAAACCGCGGUGCACGCAGGAGUCAUUCAAAAUGAAAGAGGUGGUUUUGUGGACGUGAUGCCUGUAGAAAAGAAGAAAAGUUAUGUUGGCUCCUUAAAGAACGGAGUCCAGUCUGAGAGCUUGAAGAAUCCUUCAGAUGGAAACGCUUUCCGAAUUUUUGCUGUGAAGCAGUAAAUUCCCAGGGAAGGUGCAGUUUUCUUUGGGAGAACGCUCUGUUGAUCUCCAGAGACAGGAAGGCUCCUCUGAUGGUAUCAGCUCUGACCGUACCCUCCUUGCCGAUCUCUUUCAGGGAAUUAAAAAAGAAAAGGAAAAAAAAAAAAAAAAAAAAGACACCAGGUUCUGACUCAGCUGUUCGCAUCUCAUCGCACCCGUUCAGCGUUGUAUCUUUCCGUUUCGUGUUUUUGUUUCUCUAGGGGCAUUCAGCAAUGAUAAACUGUUCUAACUUCCAAUUUACGAGAGGUGUGCUACACAGAACAGCGGUGGCUCAAUGUACAGCAGACGUAGGGAUCUCGGCCUGGCCCUGGAUGGCAUUUUUAGGGUGUGAAGCAUCUACCGUGAUGGGCGUGAGGACGUGCACUGCCGAGCAGACUCAGAAGUGAGCGACUGUCCAGGCGCUGGACCCUUUUAAAACGAGAAACUGUUUUAAAAGUUGCAUCUUUUGGGGAGAGGCUGGGCUUUGAUAGAGUGGUUUUGCGUAUGUUUGAUGUUUUCUGGGCAAAAGAAGAGAAAAUUUGGUCUUUUCCCAACGAGGCGGCAUGCAUCAGCACCGCUGUGUAAGGCUGCUGGGGCAUCGCGCUAGGCGACGUUGUACGGUGGUGUCACGUUUGGGGAGAGGACGUUCUUGUUGGCCGGACAUCAAGGUUUUUUUGGGGACUGGAGUAGGGCGUGAAAUAGAGGCAGAGAUCCUCGCUGCAGAAAAUGAGGCCACCAGAGAAUCAAAACAGCAGGUUUAGUGUUUGCUGGUCAAACAUUCACAGGUGUUUUGCAAGUCUGGCAACCUAUGAGAAGUCAGUGAAUCGGGGCUCCUGUGCUGGCACAUCUCAUCCUAUACUACACGCCAUUUCAAAUAAAAUUUCAGUUAAAUGCA